UGAACAUUGUGUAGGGCAUUGUAUUUGGCCGUGGUGACAUGGCGAACUUUUGCAAGAGUGUUUUUGUGUUCUGUGUGGCCUUUUACGUGGUUUGUGCUAAACAUGAAGUAUAUGAUGGGCACACCCUAUACGAGGUUUUUGUGAAGAAUGAAGAUCAAGCAAAGUUCGUCAAUGGUCUUGAAACCAAAAUCCCUGUUGACUUCUUUGUCUACGCUCAUACCAGUCGGAAUGGACAGGUCCUGGUUUCCAAAGAGCAGAGAAAAGGUUUUGAAGAUUUGUUGACGUCUGGGGACGUGGAGUAUAAAGUUCUGGCGGAGAAUAUCAGAGAACAGUUAGAGAUGGAAGAGAGGAUCCUUGCCCAGCAUAAAGAUGAUAAAAGCAACAGAUUUGCUCUUGGAGUCGAAGCUUUAUCGUACAAUCAUAUUCACAGAUACGAAGUGGUUGACGACUACCUUGUCCGACUGGGAAAUGCUUUCCCAGAGCUGGUCACCGUAGUAUCUGCUGGGCAGAGCUUCGAAGGUCGUGAUGUCAAGUACUUGAAAAUCUCUACUACCAACUUUGAGGACAGAAGAAAGCCCGUGGUCUUCGUCAUGUCGCUUCUCCACGCCAGAGACUGGGUCGGUCUGCCGGGAACGCUGUACACUAUAGACCAGCUGGUCCUCAACGUCACGGAGAGUGACCUCGUCAACGACAUUGACUGGAUCAUCCUGCCUAUCGCCAACCCUGAUGGAUUUGAGUUUACUCAUACUGACUUCCGUUUCUGGCGUAAGAACCGUCGCACUGGCUUGACGCCCGACAACUCCUGCUUAGGAGUCGACUUGAACAGAAACUUUGACAUCUUUUGGGGAACUGCUUCCAGCAACAACGUCUGCAGUGACGUCUUCCACGGACCUGAACCCUUCUCUGAACCGGAGACCCAAAAUAUCAGGGGAAUCUUCGAGGCUUAUUCCGACCGUAUUGAGCUAUUCAUUGAUCUUCAUGCUCAUGGCAGCAUGAUCCUCUUCGGAUUUGGCAACGGUCAACUAGCUCCCAAUGCUUUGACUCUUAACCUUGUUGGUGUAAACAUGGCUCAAGCCAUUGAUAGAGUCAAAUGGAACGCGAAGCCUGACUAUUCUGUUGGGAAUAUCUACUACGCUACGACCGCAGCAUCAGGAGUAGCCAGUGACUUCGCUCACGCUCUAGGCAUACCUCUAUCGUACACAUUCGACCUUCCUGCAAUCAGAGGCAUAAGUGCUGGUAAUCUUGGUUAUUUAGUUGAAUUGGCAUUCAUCAGACAAGCUGGAUAUGAGACCUGGGAGGGUAUUAAGGUUGGAGCUAGAAUCGUUCGCGAUUUUUUGAAUAGAUAGACCAUUUUUUAAACCAACCAAAGACUGUCUUUUGUAGUUGAUUUUUCACAGAUGAUGGCUCAUCAAGCUAAAUACUGUGACAUUGUAAUAAAUGUGUAAUUUUACAAUAACAUUAUUAAAAUCUGUUAAAACU